UCUGAGGACAGAUGAGUUAGUUGACCUCAGACUAUUUAUUAUUAUUCUAUUUUGGAUAGACGAGGAGGGGCAAACAAAGGUUGAACUUUUCAGUGGAGCUUGUGUUUUUUCUCUACUUUGGAAAUGGACCUUCAUCGUGAGGAGAGCAUGGACAUGCAAGAGAGUUGUGAAAGCAGACAUGCAGCCCCACAAAGGAGGUGUUGGGGUGGAAGACGACGCCGCUCUCUUUUUUUUAUUCUGGCAUUGUCAGUACUUUUAUUUUGCUGCAGCAGAAACAUGGAGGACUUUGCAUUUAACUGGAUACCUAAAUUGUUAAUGCAAUAUAGGGCAAGCAAAUGUUCACAAAAUGAAAUGUUUCUCAAUGUUUCAACAAACAACAUUUCCAUUAUUGGAGUUACUUCUGAAAUGUCUUCAGUUAUUCAAAGUCCAUACAUCGUGGCAUACCCCCAUGAGUAUCACUUCAUUAUAAAUGAGCCAAAAAAAUGUGAAGAUCAGAAAUCUUUUUUGGUUCUCAUGGUUCCUGUGGCGCCUCACAACAGGCGACAGCGUGACAUCAUCCGCAGGACCUGGGGUGGCAGUGGGGUGGUUUUGGGCAAAGUGGUAACUGUCCUUUUCUUGUUGGGGCUCCAUACUGGAGAACCGGUGCCACAUAUGGAAGAAGAUCUGCAGCAAGAGAGCAUCAAGCACCAGGACCUCAUCCAGAGCAAUUUCCAGGACUGCUACAAUAACCUGACCAUCAAAACCAUGGUGAUGCUUGAGUGGCUCAACUUCUAUUGCUCUGAAGUCUCUUAUGCCAUGAAGAUUGAUUCUGAUAUCUUCCUCAAUGUGCCAAAUUUAAUUACCAUGUUGCUGAAUGCUCCAAAGACAAACUACAUGACUGGUCUUGUGGCUAGAGAAGCAGCCGUCCAAAGAACUCACACCUCCAAGUGGUACCUACCAGUGGAUGUUUACCCGAAACCUCAGUACCCGCGUUACGCUUUGGGUCUGGCAUAUGCACUGUCUUUGGACCUGCCGAAAAAGCUUUUAGAGGCUUCAAGGCACGUCAAAGCCAUUUACAUUGAGGAUGUGUACUUGGGCUUGUGCAUGGAAUACUUGGACAUCCCUCUCACAGACCCUCCGAAUUGUGAUUCCUUCCAGGUCUUUCCUGUGCCGUACAAUCGCUGUUCUUAUUCCAGACUAGUUGCCACCACUUUGGAUGAUAAUACUGAUCUUCUGUGGGUUUGGAAAGACUUUAAUCAAACAGGGGGUUCCUGCUGAUCAGCCUAAAUACAACUUGCACUGUUAUGUUGUCUUACUGUUUAAUGUCUUGUCACCCAUUUUGGACCAUUUCUGUUCUGGAAUAGAAGCCUGUCCCAUCUGACUUUGCACCAAAGGCAGAUUACACCCCGGACUGGUGCCAGACAUCUAUUACUGAUGUAGAUUAAACAUUUAACAUCUGCACAUAAACCCACAAUUAUCUUUUUGUCAGACCGGCAAUUAUGUUUUGAGCAUGAUGCAUGAUGAAAAUUCUGACUUGCAAAUAGCACUUCCUAUAAGAGUAGCUGUCAACCUUAACAGCAGUGGCACAACCAGAUUUUUUCUUUGGAGUGGCUAAGAUGAUACCAUUAUUCACAUACCAGAAAUGUCUAGAUGGCCAGCCAUCAAAGUAUGUAAUGGUGAUGGUAAUGGUUUUAUUUCAUUUGAACAUGCAUCAGGUUACAAUUGAAUGCAUCCCAUAAUCAGUUCCCAGUUCCACAUGUCCAAAAGGAGUAGGAAGAAGCAAAGCUUAUUAAAUCCUACCCCUCCAUCUGGUACUUUUACAAUCAGUAACUGUUACAUUUGUUCACUUCCUGCUUUCCUAAUAUAGUUUAAGUUUUUUUUGUCACGUACCAAAGUAUGAGGUGAUAUGACCAUACAAUGACAUAAUGGGUACCAUAGUAGUUUAUCGCACCAACAAAAUUCCUUUGUGCCAUCUGAUCUGCAUGUUGCCACAAGACGUUGCAGGUUUUGUUUACAUCACAUGUAAUAACUAUGUGGGUGGAGUGGGAGCAGGGAAGUGAAGAAAGAGAAGGUGAUGUGCGUGUUUUUUUAAAUAGAAUUGUUUUUCAUGUACCAUUGCUAUUACUUGGUAUUUUUACAUUUUUGGUGUUGGUUGGUAGCUGGUACAGUAGAUGGCGGUAUGCACAGAAGAAGUUCGUUGCGACCAGUCAUGACCACGAAGAAGACGAAGAAGCCGA